AUGAAGACGGUGGCGUUCUCUCCCUUCCGAUACUAUACAAUAAUCUCGCCCGAUGCGAGUCACAACCGUGUUCGUGUCAGCUUGUCGAAAUUGAAGAAGCGCUUGGAGACCACAAAAGUGACAGCAGAAUCAGAAGUUACACAACUUGCAGCGCUCGAUCCUCGUGGGACGUACUGGCCUGCAUUCAGAGAACGGCUCGAAAAUGUAUUGGUCGGACAGGGCGAUUCUGAAAGUGCGGAUUUUGACGGACUGAUAUAUGAUAUUGGCCGUGCGCAGUUGGGCGACUGGCAGACCGAACUCCCGAGAGUGCUACAUUUUGGCUUCAUUGAUUACGUCCUCGUGAGAAAGGCACAAGAUGCUCCGCAGGAGGGUUCGGUGCUUGAUGACCUGCAAUUCCCUACAGAAUGGUAUACCAAUGCUCGACAAGUGCAAAGAGAUGUCCAUUUGCACAUCGGCCCGACCAACUCAGGGAAAACCUACAAUGCCCUGAAACGUCUCGAAGAGAGCGGAGACGGGUUCUACGCGGGUCCUCUGCGGUUGCUAGCACACGAAGUAUAUUCGAGGUUCAAAGCAAAGGGUGUUCCCUGCGACCUUAUAACUGGAGACGAUGUUCGGCUAGAGGAUGACCCUAAUACGAAGCUACGCGCCUCGACUGUGGAAAUGGUCGACAUCUCCGCGCGGUUUGAGGUCGCCGUGAUUGACGAGGUGCAGAUGAUGGCUGACCAGGAUCGAGGUUGGGCCUGGACUCGAGCCUUUCUUGGUGCCAAUGCAAAGGAAGUUCACAUUUGUGGGGAAACUCGAGUGCUUCCCCUUGUCCGCGAGCUGACAGCAUCUACCGGUGAUAUACUUCAUGUGCAUGAGUAUAAGAGGCUGAAUCCGCUCAAGGUCAUGACAAAGAGUCUGCGAGGAGACCUCAAAAACCUACGCAAGGGUGACUGCAUUGUAGCCUUUUCGGUGGUGAACAUACACGCGUUGAAAAAGCAGAUUGAACUGGACACAGGCCGCCGUUGUGCCAUUGUAUACGGAAGUCUUCCUCCCGAAACCCGGGCGCAGCAGGCCGCUCUGUUCAACGACCCCAACAAUGACUACGACUUUCUGGUCGCCAGCGAUGCUAUCGGCAUGGGAUUGAACCUGAGCGUGAAACGGAUCGUCUUCCACAGUGUUUCGAAGUUCAAUGGGACUUCCAUUGUGCAGCUGUCCACUGCUCAAAUCAAGCAAAUUGGUGGUCGAGCUGGACGUUUCCGAAAUGCGCAUCAGGCCAUGCACAACACCGCAGCCACUUCGGAGUCUAAUGUGGGAUUGGUCACGACUCUCAAUGAUGAGGAUCUCCCUCUGGUGCGAGCUGCCAUGGAUUCAGAGGCUGCACCAAUUAAAAGAGCAGGCAUGCUUCCACCCGCCGAGGCCAUGGAAGAGCUUGAGAGUCGUCUACCAAAAGGAGUCCCUUUUGAAUACAUCCUGAGGCGUCUGUGUGGAAAAGCCGCCACGCACGAACGAUUUCGAGUCUGCAGCAUUCGAGACCAAAGUCGAAUUUCUCGAGUGAUCGAACCUGUCCGAGAGUUGACCAUGACCCAACGCAUCAUGUUGACAGCUGCACCGGCCACUUCAGCCUCACAAGCAAUGGACGAGGUGAUGCGAGCUUUUGCGAGAUGUGUGGCGGAGCGAAGACAGGUGACGAUCGUCGACGUACCUGAAGUCCAACUAGAGGUUCUUGAAAGGCCCAUCUCCGGGGACCGAGCAUACUUGGAAAGUUUAGAAGACCUCCACAAGUCCCUAGUCCUGUACCUCUGGCUUAGUUACAGGUUCUUGGGCAUCUUCAAGGACAGGGAGAUGGCGGUGUACGCCAAAGAGCUGGUAGAAGAACGAAUCAACACCUGUCUCCUCGAAUUUUCUGCUAACCCCGAUCUACGGAAGAGAGUCCUGUCAUACAAAAAAAGGAUGACUCUCCCGUACAUCGAAACCGAAGAAAAUGAAACAACCAAUCAAGGACCUCAAUCAGAGCUACCAAAAGAAGGCAAAGCCGUUCCUGUCAACUGGGUCCGGGGUUCUGCAGCCGUUGAGUUCGACGAAUCUCUGCCUCCACAGACCUACAAUGUAGCGCACGGAUGA